UGACUUUGACAUUUUGUAGAAAUCUCAAGUUGGGAAAAAAAUAUAAAGUAUUUUUGCUUUUUUGGAUGUGGAAGUAAUUAAAUAUUAUUGCACCACAAUUAUAAUUUAACAUGAUUCGUGAAGACGACGCGCGUUUUCGUAUCACCCCAUUCCAACAGAGUUUAUCAGCAUGUACCGGUGCACUUAUAACCUCAUUAUUUAUGACACCACUGGACGUGGUUAAAAUAAGGUUACAGGCGCAACAAAAGGCAUUACAUUCUAAUAAAUGCUAUUUGUAUUGCAAUGGUUUGAUGGAGCACUUAUGUCCUUGUGGAGAGACUGGGUGGGUCCCGAAGAGAACACAUUUUACCGGCACAUUUGAUGCUUUCUACAAGAUAUCUAAGUUGGAAGGGGUGCCGGCUCUGUGGUCGGGUCUCAGUCCAACACUUGUACUUGCAGUGCCAUGCACCGUUAUUUACUUUGUAACAUAUGAACAGCUGCGGUACAAAAUGAAAACAAAGUACAAUAGUGUCACAGGAAAUAUGAAUCAACCAAUGUGGAUUCCUCUACUGAGUGGUGCCACAGCCAGAACAAUAGCCGUCUCAAUUGUAAGCCCUUUAGAACUUAUCAGAACAAAAAUGCAAUCAAAGAAGCUGACAUAUGCUGAAAUAAAUGCUGCUCUAAAAACAGUGGUAAAACAUGAAGGCUACAAAGGGUUGUUCAGAGGACUUGGACCUACUUUACUGAGAGAUGUACCAUUUUCAGGUAUUUAUUGGACAACUUUUGAAACAGUCAAAAAGGCAUUGAACAAACCAGAAUCAGAAAAGAAUAGUUUUAUGUUUAAUUUCUUCUGCGGUUCGGUUGCUGGCAGUAUAGCAGCAUUUAUAACAUUACCAUUUGAUGUGGUAAAAACUCACCAGCAAAUAGAGUUAGGUGAAAAGGAAAUUUACACUAAUGGACGGAGGGGUCAAAGGGCUUCGGACACAAAAAGCACAGUGAAAGCGAUAGUAAGGAACAACGGCUUCAAAGGCCUAUUCACGGGUCUUCUUCCCAGAAUAUUCAAGGUGGCACCAGCGUGUGCCAUCAUGAUCUCAACGUUUGAGUACGGGAAACAGUUCUUCCAACAAUACAACAGCCAAAAGUAUAAGGAGAAAAUGCAAAGGUGAUAUUUUUUUUGCCAGUUACGGAUAGUAAGGCAUCAAGAACUGCUAAUAUUAAGUAAUGCAGCAAAUACCUCAGAAUAUUCUUAGAAAGAUGUUACCAAAUUUUACAAUAAGUAUCUUAAAAAAUAUUUUGAUUAAUGACACAUAGGUAAAUUUAAGAAUUAGUUAUAGUGAGACACAUUUUACUGAAAUGUAAAGAAAUAUUCAUUGACAACAAGAAAGUUAAUGCAUCUAUUACACUUGUCAUAAUAGGAUUGAUUUGUUUUACUUCAAGGGUGAAAGUAAUAAAUUAUUACAUUCUUCCAAUCAAAAUUUAGUCUACUUUAUGAAUGACUUUUUGAUGAAUGGUAUGUUGACCAUUGUGUGGAUAACCAAACUGUAUAUUACCUGCUACUAUCUGAGUUUUACGAUCCACGGACUGUUAAUAUUAUUAUAAUCAGUCCUAUUAGCACUAAUAUAUAUAAUAGAUGUUGUGAUAUCCUUUGUAAACCCUAACCAGGCAAUUAAAAAAAAAUCUACAUGGACAUUCUCAUCUUUAUAAAUUUUUGACAUCCAUUUAAGUGCUUUAAACAUUUAACUUUAACUUUAGUUAGCUUGUAGAACAUAGGCAGUUUACUCAACAGUUCUGUUUUGAGGGAUAUGAUUUAUUUAUGGAAUUUAAUUUCAUUGUUAAUGCUAUGUUGUAUAUUAUUAUUAAAUGGUAGAUUUAAUCAUAUUCUAUCAGUUGGAAAUAUUAGUUGAUAUUUACUUAACUACAAAAAUAAAUUUAAAAUGUAAAUAAAUAUAUUUUUU